CACCCACCCCCGCUUCCAGCCUCACCCCGUCCCUUACACUGCGCACCCGGCGUCCGCACCCCAAAAGUCGACUCUCGACACCCACACCUCUUAGCUUGCUCACCUGCAGCAACGCUUCAAAAGGCACCUUGUCUGCCCGCCCCCCAAAAGCGCACCCUUCCCUGAACUGCGCACCUAAUCGACCCGUCCCCGACCCGACCUCUCAAGCUCGCUCUCGCUUAUCAUCAUCCAUCACCCUCGUCUCCAUCACACCCACCCCUCGCCCAUCAUGCCCGCGCCCAUCGCCAUCGCCCGCUCGCCCUCGCACCUCGACUCCUUCGGCGCCCUCAAGCCCGGCAGCUUCGCCACGCCCAACAGCGCCUCAUUCCGCGAGGCCAUGGCCUUCUCGACGGGCAAGGAGAUUGCUGACAUCAUGGACUACUCCAUCGACCGCUUCUCCGACCGCUUCGCCUCCUCCGUCGACUCGGACAUGACCGCGCUGCCGUCGACAUCCAUGCCGCGCAAGCUCGAGACGACGUUCUGUCGCGACUUCACCUGCUGCGGCCAGGCGCUCGACGACCUGCACGACCUGCUGCAGCACUACGAGGAGUGCCAUGUGCGCUUCGAGGACGACGACAUGCCGACGAUGAUGUCCGACGACGACCACUCCGGCAGCAGCUCCUCGGCCUCGUCGUCGUCGCAGCCGCCCAGCCCGCGCGCUCCCAGCGCCCGCCGCAGUGCCGACUUCGACGACGCAUCCGCCUUCCCCGCCGUCGCCGGCGCUGCGGGCCUCAAGGGCAAGAAGCGCAGCUUCGGCCAGUACUCGAGCGGCACGAGCAACAGCGCCGUGCACCAGUCGCUGCGCCGUGCGCUCAUCGACGGCGGCGUCGGCCGUGCCGGCGCCGGCGGCGCCCCGUCCAUCUACUCGGUCAACUCGCCCUUCUCGACGCCCGACUCGUCCAUCCCCGGCACGCCCAUCGGCGACGCCGACGACGCGGCCUUCUUCGGCGGCGUCACGCCCUCGUUCUCGUCGCUGUCGCUGCGCGGCGGCUUCGAUGCCGAGAACACGCUGCCGAGCUGCGCCCCGCCGAAUCUCUUCUUCCCCUCGGGCGGCAGCGGCGCCGCUGCCAGCGCCGCCCAGCAGCCGCCGACGAAGCGUGAGCGCAUCAACACUGCCGGCGCCGCCGUCGCUGCCGGUGCCGCACCGGAGAGCCACAUCUCGCGCCCCGGCGCCACGCUCGUCGUCGACAAGCCGUUCAAGUGCCCGGCGCCCGGCUGCGACAAGGCGUACAAGCAGAUGAACGGCCUCAAGUACCACCGCCUGCACGGCCACUGCAACCAGAACAACCUGCCGCCGUCGCAGCAGAUGCAGCAGACGCCCGCCGGCUCGCGCGCCGCCACGCCCACGCGGCCCGUCGCCGGCUCGCCGGCACGCCCGACGAUCAACACUGGCGUCGCUGCCAAGGCUGGCGCGGCCUCGCCCGCGCUCUCCGGCACGCCGACGCCGACGUCGUCUGCGCCCACGAGCCCGCGCACGGCUGCCACCGCCGCGCUCGCCGCCAACACCGAGUACAAGGUGGAGAAGAUGUACCUGUGCCAGGUGGGCGCGUGCGGCAAGCGCUACAAGAACCUCAACGGCCUGCGCUACCACUACCUGCACUCGGGCUCGCACGGCAUGCUCGGCCUCGCCCUGCUCUCCUCCAACGGCGGCGGGCAGUCCGCGCGCGUGGACGGCGCCACGGGCCGUCCGGCAGUCAGCACCAACACGCUGACGAGCGCGCAGCUCGCCGCCGCUGCCCAGGCUGCCGUUGCCGCACAGAACGCCGCCCGUCCCGUGCCGGCGAACCAGGCUGCCCAGGCCGCCAAGGCCGCUCUCGCCGCGCGUCCCAUGGCUCCCGUCGCUGGCCCCGCACCCGUCAAGCCCGCCGGCGUCGCCGCCGCGCCUGCACCCGCUGCUCCGCGCCCGAUGGUCAGCGCCGCACCGGCCGUCAGCAGCAUGCCCAAGACGGUCUCGGCGCCCGCUGUCAACGCGACGAUUGCGCACCCCAGCCUGCCGCUCGGUCCCUCGCCCAAGCUUGCCUAGGCGCCGUCACUCAUCCACCACUCGGCCUCUCCAUCUCUCUCUUUAUUACCAGCGCAAGCCCCACAUACACUGAUAGAUCUCGUCUUGGUAGUCCCACCGCUCGCUCACCCCUCCACCUCUCUCUCGUUCUUGUCCAUUCCAUACCCAACUUACCUCACUGUCGUCCCGUCAUCAUCUGCAUCGCGCGCGUCCUCUCUCGUGCGGAGAAGUUACCUCGCGGGUGGCCGUUUCCUCUGGCCCCUCUUUCAGACUCGCUCCGCACGCGGCGAUACAUUGCACACACCUACACACAUCUUCUUCGUAUGUAUGUCUUGAUCGGACCACUCCCACUUCCCUCCCUUCCCCUUGUUAUACACCCAACUCUGUAGGAUACGAGAACCUCGCCCGCUCGCUCGCUCGCUGACCUUGGCUGCGCGCGCACCACCCUACAUGGUCCUGCGCAGUCACCCUUUUGUUAAUGAUUACUCGUCCCAUUCC